GGGAAGGUAUUAGCUUGUUAAAUUGUUCACGUGCUUCCGCGACUUCCGUCUAUUUUCUCGUCACUUUUCGCGUCAACGCGUCCCCCCUCCCUCUGCCACGCUCCAAGCUGCCUCUUCCCUACCCAUAACCAGCUUUCUCCCCGGUCUUUUCUCUCCCGUUGCCCGUCUCGCCCUCCCGCCACACAAGUUCUUACCAAAUACCCAGGACGGAAAAGAAAUACAUUGCCUACAAUAACGGCAAGACUCGAUAGCAAAAUAUAGAGAGAGAGAAACUAGGUAAACAUCGAAAAAGAGAAGAAAAAGAAGAAAAGUAGGGACGGAAAACGUCCGUAAACACCAGCAGAUAUGGCAGAGGAGUAUGAGGAAAGCAUGAAUGAGGACCAGAGUGGAACGACCGGUCCGGGUGCGCCGACACCCGUCUACGCGCUCGAGGGUCUCGCCGGCCUGACCAAGCGCGACUGUCAGCUUCUCGCCGAGGGGGGCUUCCAGACGGUCGAGGCGGUCGCGUAUACGCCGCGGCGAACGCUGGAGCAGGUCAAGGGCAUAUCCGAGCAGAAGGCUGCCAAGAUCCUCGCCGAAGCGUCCAAGCUGGUGCCCAUGGGCUUCACAACCGCGACGGAGAUGCACCAGCGGAGGAGCGAGCUGAUCUCGAUCACGACGGGCUCGAAGAACCUGGACACGCUGCUCGCCGGCGGCGUCGAGACGGGCUCGGUGACGGAGCUCUUCGGCGAGUUCCGCACGGGCAAGAGCCAGAUCUGCCACACGCUCGCCGUCACCUGCCAGCUGCCGUUCGACAUGGGCGGCGGCGAGGGCAAGUGCCUGUACAUCGACACGGAGGGCACGUUCCGGCCGGUGCGGCUGCUAGCGGUGGCGAACCGGUACGGGCUGUCGGGCGAGGAGGUGCUGGACAACGUGGCGUACGCGCGGGCGUACAACUCGGACCACCAGCUGCAGCUGCUGACGCAGGCGUCGGCGAUGAUGUGCGAGACGCGGUUCUCGCUGCUGAUCGUGGACAGCGCCACGUCGCUGUACCGGACCGACUUCCUCGGGCGCGGGGAGCUGUCCUCGCGGCAGACGCACCUGGCCAAGUUCAUGCGCAUGCUGCAGCGGCUGGCGGACGAGUUCGGCAUCGCGGUGGUGAUCACGAACCAGGUGGUGGCCCAGGUGGACGGCGGGCCCAGCGCCAUGUUCAACCCGGACCCGAAGAAGCCGAUCGGCGGCAACAUCAUCGCCCACGCGAGCACGACCCGCAUCAGCCUCAAGAAGGGCCGCGGCGAGACCCGCAUCGCCAAGAUCUACGACAGCCCCUGUCUCCCCGAGAGCGACUGCCUCUUCGCCAUCAAGGAGGACGGCAUCGGCGACCCGGCCCCCAAGGAUAUGGAGAAGGACUGAGAGGAACGGCUGCGCGUUGGGGACUCCCCAUCACCACCACUACUAACAGGUACCUAACUACUAAUACUGCUGCUACUCCGCUACUAUCCCAGACGGCUCGGAUGAUGCGGGG